AUGGCUCUUGGGGUCGGGUGUGGGCGUGUGGCUGGACCGCUGGAGCCCGGAGCCUCGAGUCCCCGAGCAAAUCUGUGCGUAUCGCCGUAUCGGGCAAACUACUACAUGGCGUCCGGGGCCAGCGGCGUCGCCGGGUCGCGUGUGUCCGCCACGCGCCCCGCACUACCUUUCCUCCCCGCCCGACGCGAUCCCUUCCCUGCAGCUCUUUUGCUAGACCUCACCAACCCCGCGGAAAACGCCAAAACGGAAAGGCCUAUCCAGAACAACAAGUGCGAAAAGAAGGCUCCAAAGAAAGUGCAUAAAUCUGAGAGGGAGAAACGUAAGCGUGACAAGCAGAAUGAUCUCUUCGGCGAGCUGGGAAACAUGCUAGAACCUGAUAGGCAGAACAACGGGAAGGCAUGCAUAUUAAGUGACACUACGCGAAUACUUAAAGAUCUACUUUCACAAGUAGAAUCUCUUCGAAAGGAGAACAACACACUGAAGAACGAAUCUCAUUAUGUUGCCUUGGAGAACAAUGAACUACUGGAUGAAACCAAUGUGAUCCGUGGUGAAAUCUCAGAACUUCAAAAUGAGCUGAGGAUGCGGCUAGAAGGCAACCCUAUCUGGAGUCAUGACACUUCUAGAUCAAAUCUUACAGCACCUCAUCCUGCGACCACAGUAUUUACAUUGCAACAUUCAGCACAUCCACAAGUCAUUGCAACAAUGGCACUUCCUCUGCAACAGCCAGCAGUCGUUGAGCAAUCUUAUGCUGCCCCACGGCGGGAGCUACAGCUAUUCCCUGAAGCUGCACCUACUGAAGAUACUGAGCCACCACAAAACCAGGGGGUCUCUAAUAAUGUGAUGCGGCCGCAGGCAAGGUACCCACCAGUAGUGACAACUUUGCCUGUACAUGUAUAUCCAGUCCUUCCAAGAAUGGAAGAUGAGCAAUGCAGCAGUGGCACUACUGGUAGCAGAGAGGAAGGCGGGGUAGGCAACUGCUAA